AUGUCGCCGAGAUGGAAAGGCAAAACCGCGGAGGCCAAAGCUCUGGCAGAUCCCAUGUCGAAAAUUGUCUCCGACCUCCAGUCUUCCCUCCUUCAAUCCGACGCUCACGCUUCACUCUCGGGAAGCAGCGUGCUCCUGCCCGUAGAACCACAGCACGGCGAGCUUCUCACCCGCGCCUGCUUCGGUCGGCCCAUCAUCACCGCCGAUAAGGAGAAUCAAUGGUUUCAGCUGAGUCUCGAGGAAGCAUUCUAUCUCUCCCACCAUCUCCAAUGCCUCAAAAUCACCCACCACCAAGGUACGAAUUUCACCACUGCAGAGCUAUGGCGGUACAUGAAAUCCAAGGUUUCGAAUUUCCCACAGUAUUACAAAGCUUACUCGCAUCUUCGAACUAAGAACUGGGUGGUGAGGCCUGGGUCGCAGUACGGUGUCGAUUUCGUGGCUUAUCGUCACCACCCGUCUCUAGUGCAUUCAGAGUAUGCAGUGCUUGUUUUAUCAGAAGGGGAAAGUGGUGGUGAUGAUGGCCUGGAGGGGAGAUUGAUGGUAUGGUCUGAUCUCUACUGCACAAUUAGACUGUGUGGAAGUGUGGCGAAGACAUUGUUGGUACUUACUGUCAACAAAAAUGGUCAUGGUGUUGUCUCUCCGACGGCUUUAGAUGGAUACUCUGUCGAAGAACGGUCGAUCAGAAGAUGGAGUGCUGAACAGAACCGUGAGGAUCAAAUGGCUGCUGCUGCUGCUGCUGCUGCAAAUGGAUCCAAAUGA